UAUGGAGAUCACUGACAGCAACAUGUUGGCCCUGGCUGGGUACCUCCAGCAAACACUGUCACCAGAGAUGGAUAUCAGAAAACAAGCUGAGAAGUUUCUGGAGUCUGUGGAGGUGAACGAGAACUAUCCACUAUUGCUGCUUCAUCUGAUGGACAAGGCCGAAGUUGAGCCGGUUGUCAGAGUCAGCUCGGCAGUCACGUUCAAAAACUACAUCAAGAGGAACUGGAGAAUUACUGAUGAGGCUGGUGACAAGGUCCACACUGGUGAUAGAAGUGCCAUCAAGCAGCAUAUUGUAGGCCUCAUGCUCAAGAGCCCAGAACAGAUCCAAAAACAGCUGAGUGAUGCCAUCAGUAUCAUUGGGAGAGAGGACUUUCCUGACAAGUGGCCAGACCUCAUCACGGAGAUGGUCAGCAAGUUCCAGACCGGGGACUUCCAUGUCAUCAAUGGAGUUCUUCGAACUGCACACUCUCUCUUCAAAAGAUAUCGCCAUGAAUUCAAAUCUCAGGAGCUGUGGACAGAGAUUAAAUUUGUGUUGGAGAAUUUUGCAGCCCCAUUUACAGAUCUCUUUAAUGUAACCAUGGAGCUAGCCAAGACUCAUGCCUCUGACCCAUCUGCUCUCAAGGUCAUCUUCAGCUCCAUCCUCCUCAUCUGCAAGAUCUUCUACAGCCUCAACUUCCAGGACUUGCCUGAACACUUUGAGGACAACAUGGGACCCUGGAUGACCCACUUCUUGACCCUCCUGAGUGCAGACAACAAGCUGCUGCAGACAGAGGAUGAGGAGGAGGCGGGUCUCUUGGAGCAGAUCAAAUCCCAGGUCUGUGACAACGUGGCGCUGUACGCCCAGAAGUACGAUGAGGAGUUCUCCCCCCAUCUUCCACAGUUUGUCACCUCUACAUGGGGACUUCUGGUCACAACUGGUCAGCAGGUCAAGUAUGAUCUGCUGGUGAGCAAUGCCAUUCAGUUCUUAGCGUCAGUGGCCGAGAGACCAUCCUACAAGAGUCUGUUUGAAGAUCCUGCUACUUUGGCACAAAUCUGUGAGAAGGUCAUUGUACCCAAUAUCCAGCUGCGAGCUGCUGAUGAAGAGCUAUUUGAAGACAACCCAGAAGAAUACAUCAGACGAGAUAUUGAGGGUUCUGAUGUUGACACCAGGAGGAGAUCAGCCUGUGAUUUGGUCCAAGCCUUAAGUAAAUCCUUUGAAGGUCCUGUGAUACAUAACUUUUCUACCUACGUCAGUGGUUUGCUUGAGGAAUACAGAAAAAAUCCAACUGCCAAUUGGAAGAACAAAGAUGCUGCCAUUUAUCUUGUCACAUCUCUAGCCUCUAAAGGUCAAACACAAAAGCAAGGAGUAACACAGACAAGUGGUUUGGUCAACAUGACAGAGUUCUUUCAAAACCAAAUACUCCCCGACAUCCAUUCUGAAAAUUUGAAUGAAAUGCCAAUUCUAAAAGCUGACGCGAUCAAAUAUUUAAUGGUUUUUCGUAGUCAGCUGCCGAGGGAAGCCCUGGUGUCCAGUCUGUCCCACCUGACCCGCUACCUGCAGGCUUCCAGCGUCGUCGUCCACACCUACGCAGCUCACACCAUAGAGAGGCUGCUGAUGGUGCGGGUUGCUGGCGGAGCUGCAGGUAUCACAGUGGCUGAUGUUCAGACCCAGGCAAGUACCAUGCUCCCUGGUCUGUUUGCUGCCAUGGAGAUGCCGGGAUCUGUCGAGAAUGAAUACAUCAUGAAAGCAAUCAUGAGGACGAUGUCUCUGCUGCAAGAACACAUCAUCCCUAUUAUUCAAGAUGUGCUGAAGAGCCUGAAGAAUAAACUAACUCUGGUCUGCAAGAACCCCAGCAAGCCCCACUUCAACCACUACCUGUUUGAGUCCCUGUGUGUGGCCAUCAAGACCACGUGUAAGCAUCAGCCGACGGCCAUCAACAGUUUCGAGGACUCUCUGUUUCCUCAUUUCACUGAGAUCCUGCAGCAAGAUAUUCAAGAAUUCAUGCCUUACGUGUUCCAAAUCCUGUCCCUGUUGAUUGACCUACAUCAUGACGGUGUUCCCGACACUUACAUGCAGCUGUUCCCCUUCCUCCUCACCCCCGUCCUUUGGGAACGUCCGGGGAACAUCCCUCCUCUUGUCCGUCUCCUCCAGGUGUUUAUAGAGAAGGCAGCCAAACAGAUUGAACCCGAAAAACUGAACGGUCUUUUAGGUAUAUUCCAGAAACUAAUUGCAUCCAAGACAAACGACCACCAAGGAUUUUACCUUGUGAAUGCAAUCAUAGAGUUUAUGCCAUCGGACCUGGUGAAUCAGUACAUCAAGCAGGUGUUCAUCCUGCUGUUUCAGAGACUCACAAGCUCCAAGACGACCAAAUAUAUCAAAAGUCUCCUUGUGUUCUUCUCCCUCUACUCCUUCAAGUUCUCUGCCCAGUCAUUAGUCGAGAUGGUGGACAGCAUUCAGACAAAGAUGUUCGGAAUGGUUUUGGAGAAGCUCUUUCUUCAGGAUCUCCAGAAGAUCUCUGGGCACACAGAAAAGAGGAUCUGUGCCGUGGGAGUCACCAAGAUACUGAGUGAGGUUCCAUCCAUGCUGCAAGGGGAGUACCUCCCGUUAUGGCCCAAGUUGCUACAAGCUCUGGUUGGUCUGUUUGAGUUGCCGGAAGAUGACUCAGUCCCAGAUGAUGAACACUUCAUUGAAAUUGAGGAUGUUGCAGGUUAUCAGACAGCAUACUCCCAACUGGCAUUUGCCGGUAAGAAGGAGCAUGACCCCUUGGGGGACAGCAUCCCCGACCCCAAGAAGUUCCUGGCUCAGCACCUGCAGCAGCUCAGUGCGUCUAACCCUGGCAUGAUAUCCAACAUGAUCAGCAGUGGUCUCCAGCCUGAAGCCCAGAACUUUCUUCAGCAGUACCUCCAGGCUGCCGGAGUGUCACUAGCCUAAGCUGUACGUCUUUCAUGGAACCACAGACUGUGUCAGCUUCAGAAUCACUCUCACUAUUACAGGGGAUGUUGUGUUUAACGAGGGGCUCUUUCCUGGUAGAUGUCGACAGGCAUCGUCUUUCACCACUGAAUAUCAAACUAACCGUACAGGUAUUUCCUGUCAGCAAAUGUGUGUAUGGUUUCUUGUUGACUUAUUGAGCACUGGAGCUCUCACCCAUCAGUGGAUACAGAUAUGGUCAGUUUCACUUCAGUUUAAUCCACAACGCUUGAGAGACAUCAGGAGCUCUGUGCAAAGUAGCAUUAGCCAUACUGAUGGACUUCAUGCUGAUAUCAACUCUGGAUAUACGAUGAAGGUUCCAAGAAGUUGAACUUGUUUGCUGGUGCAUGGAUAUUGUCAUGACAGAAAUUGUGGGAAAUCUGUUUCAUUUUGUGAACAUUAAAACGGCUUCACAUUUACAAAGAUAAAGAACUUUGACAAAACUGUGACGGACACUGUGAAUGUGUUGGCAUUGUAGAACAUUAUAUGAAAUGAGUGCAUAUAUCUCAGUUCCAUAGAUCUUGUGAAGGUGUCAAGUCUGUCACGGAGUGUGCUAUACUAUGAAGUGCUUGUACAUUUCCUGAUAUAUUUGUAAAUAAAUUACAUGCCCAUUGUAA